AUGGAAGGAGAUCAAGAAGAUUUUGAAGAUCUCCAACAGAUUAAUACUCAAAUUGUAACAAAGUCAUUCUAAAUUCCAUGCGCUAACGAACCUAUUUUAAUAAGAUUCAUCGAUUCUUUGAAUCAAAAUAAAAUACAAGAAAAGUUGAUGUGCUCCUUGUUUGUUAAUCUUAAAUAUUAUAUCACUUGUAUAGGUUUUGACUUAAUUUUUUAUGAGGAAUAAAAAAAUUAUAGUGAAUUAAUUAGAAUAGAUACAAAAAUAUCAGCUAAUGAAAUAUGCGAUGAAUUUUUUACAAAUGAAGAUGGCAUUUUGAGUUUAUUUUGUAUUGGUUAGUCAACUUUAAAAUAUUAUUCUUUGGAUUUUCAAAGUAAUGAAACUUUAAUUUUGGAAUAUGAUGUUUCAGAACAAAUAGAGGAUAAAUGCAAAAAAAACUAACUAAAAAAAAUCUAAGAUUAAUAAAUUAUUUUAUUUUAUCAAUGUUCAAGAUGGAAAGUUAUUUUAAUUACGAACAAUCAAGUUAUUACUUUAAUUGAUGCUUAAACGAAAUAUUAAUAGGGUUAUAUAACAAGGCUCACUUUUAUUGAUGAUGUAGUUGAUUGUGAAAUUAAUUCUGAUACUUAUGCUAUCUAUCUGAUAGAAAAUAAUUUUUAUGUGCUAGUGUAUUAUGAUUUAUUUUAAAAGAAAAUUCUAAAUUAGAUUAUUGUGGAGAGGGAAUAUCGAAUUUAAAAAUUACUAUUACAUCAGAAAUGUUCAAUUCUAAUGUUAGUCAAUGAAUUAGAUAAAAAUGACUCCUCAAUAAUAAGAGCUUAAUAUUAUCAGUAAGUCCUAAUGAACAAAUUUUAUUCAAUAAAUAAUAUUCAUAUUCAUUCAGAUCUAAUUUUCCUAUAAAAUUAAUUUGAAUUAAAUGUGUUAGUAAAUGUUCGGAUUAAUUAGACAUAUCAAAUUUGCAACACCUCAUUGUAAUUUUUUGAUUUUGAUAAUUUAUUCUGCUAAUUUGAUUGGAAGAAAAAUGUGCUAUAAUUUUAUAAAUAUGAACCAUUAAGUACUUUUAUAGAACCUAAAUAACGGUAUGUAUAUGUAAUCGAGAAAACCAAUUUAUUUAAAAGAGAUGAUACUAUCAAAUGUUUUAAAUUGUUACCCAAAAAUAGCACUUAGACAGAAAAAUAGGAAUCCACUUAGCUGAUUUAAUUUGAGUAUAAUUGCUAAAAUAAGAUAUAAAUUUUAUGGAAUUCCAAUAACUCUAAUUACUUUAAAAAUAAUACUUAUAACAUAUACAGUAGUUCAGGUAAUCUUAAGGUAAGUAUCAGGAACAAUGAGGACUUUUAAGACAUUUGUUUUGCAAGAUUUAAUAAAUUGUAUAACCAAGGUAGGUUUUAGUUAAAAAAAAUCACAAUAGGUCACAUCAGUUUCAAAAAUGGAUCUUUUUUUUAUAUCUAUGAUUGUCGAUAAAAAAGAGUUGUAAUAUCAGUAAACAUAGAUAAAUAUUAUGUACUUGAAUAUGAUAUAGGCUAUUAUUUUGUGAAUAAAAGUAAUAAUAAUGAUCUGGCAGGAGUUUAGUUUUCAGGUGAAUUUCUUUCUCAUUUCUAAUUAAACAUAAAUGAAGAGAUUACUAGUGUUAAGAAAAUUUAUUCAAGUUUAUUUAUUUACACAAAGGCUUCUAAUUUACCUUUAAUCAUUUAAAUUAAGUUUGAGCAACCUGUAAGAUACUAUUUAUCAAAAGGUUUUUAUUAACCUGAACCUAUUCUAUUUUAUUUUGAGUCAUAUAACUUAAAAUUAAUUCAAUAUUAAAGCAUUAUAGCUUUUGAAAGUAAAGAAUUUUUCAGAUGCUUUCAAUUUUAAGAAUCAUUAAUCAUUUCUAUUUAAGCUUUACAUAUGUUAGAAUGUUAUUCUAUAGUUUCAAUACAAAAUUAAACUAGAUCAUUGAUUCUAUAUAAUUUAAUUCAGUAAGAAUUACAUUAAAUAUCAAAUUACACUAUUUAAAACUUUUCAUUUUAUUAUCCUAUUAAAUACCAAAUUAAUAACCUUAAGUUAGCUAUUUUAAUUUAAUAAAACAAUUUGCUAUAUAUAGCCAUUUUUUCACAUAGCAUGUCCAAGUUAUCAUUAGAUUAAAUUAUAGGUAAAUUUACUUAUUUAUUCAUUAAGCAACCGAUGAUUCCUUUUUUAAAAUUGAUAUUGCUCUCCUACUUUUUUCCUUUGAUAAAGUUUGGAGGUAAUUCUUAUUAAACCAAUUUUUAAUUGAAUUAGAGCUCGAAAAUUUCCAUUUAAAUGUUGCAUCAUAAACUGUUUCAAUGAUCAACAGAGAAGAAGGAGAUAUUGAAUUAAAGAUUGAAAUUGAGAAUCAAUGUUCUUAGUUAUCUUCUCUUAUGAAAUCUUCUAUAAUUUAAAUUUAACAAAAUAAAAAUUUAAAAUUAGAUUUGUCAAAAAUGUUUUAUGGUCCAGUUGGUAAUUUGAAAAUUUUAAAUAACUCAAAUGUUGUUUUGAAGGGACCUUUUCAAUUUAUAAAAUAACUUUAAGAAUGUGACGAUUAAACCUCAGCAUUAUGCAUUAAACUAUAUCACUUUUAAACGAAAAUAAAAGAAAUACAUUUUGAAGUAAUAAUAUAAGAAAAUAUAAUUGUUGGAGUAAUACAUAGAUAUUCUUUCAAUACUCAUUAUGUAACUUGGAUAAAAUAGUAAUAUUUCCUUUGUGUUUCAUAAUUCAUAAACUAAUUAGUUAUUGAAUUAAUUUAAUGUUCUGAAAAAUAGGGUUAUAGUUGUAGAAUGGUAUCAAAUCUUAAUUUUGAAAUAACAAGAGAUUAGAUUAAUUUUGAAAAUUCAUUUAGGGCUGGUAAUUUAAUAAAUCUGAAAGGCAAUAAUACUUAGGCUUUUAUUAUUAUAGAUGAUAUAAAUUAUAAAAUAAAAAUUUUACCUGCCAUUAUUAUAGAUAUCAUAUAAAUUGAGAAGUCUGAUAAUUAAUACCUUAUUCUAUAGAAAGAUUCAAAUGAUUUAGAAUUAACUAUAUACACAACUAAUUUACAUUAGAUAUACUCAUUAAAAAUAAAUGAAGAAAUCUAUGCGAAAAUGAUUAAAUUUAAAAAUUUUAAUAAAUCUAAAUUUACAAUGAAAUUUGUUUCAUGUAAGUAUUCUGGAGAUUUAAUUAACAUUAAACUGCUCACAUUUGAUAAAGAUUUUUCAUAAUUGUUUUAGUUAUAAUUGAAUUAAUAAAAGAAUUAAAUCUUAUUGGAUUUAUAAAACUAUUUUAGAAAUUAAAUCUAAAAAAUUCCUUUUGCUAUGAGUGAAAAUGAUGUUAUCUAAUAUGUAGAUGAUAGUCUUUUAGUUUUACAAUAAACUUAGAAUAAUUUUUUAAAACUGUAUCAAAUUCAAGAAGAUAGAAAAUUAAUUGAUUAUUUUUACAAUUCAAAUUUUUUUAUCUAAAUAACAAGAUUAAAUACUACUCAUUUCAUUUUCAGCAAUGAUUCUUUUGUUUAAAUAGGAUUAAUUGGAUAUGAAUUGGAAUUAUAAAAUUAUGAUGAAGCUAGAUAAAAUUUUGAAUUGUUGGCUUAAAAUGAGGUAUCAAAUGUAAAAGUAUCACUUUAAAUACAUAUAAUUAAAACAAACUUGUAGUUUACAAACAGUAUUCUAUUAAUUUAGAUAACUUGCUUUGUUUUUAUACUCAUUUACACUAGAAAAAUGAAAUCAAAAUCUAUGAUUCAAAAACAAAAUGGUCAAUGA